AUGGCAUCCCAGACAACAACCAAAUCCGAGCUUGAGCAAGCCUUCCUCUCGUUCGUGGCCGGCAUCAAGCGGCAUGACGAGAAGGCCAUCUCCGCGCUCCUCGCCGCAGACCUCAAUCACAAUGGCCAGCAGGUCGGAAAGCAGGAGUACCUAGACGAGCUGCUCAAGGCCACGGCCGGCACGCAAGACAUCGUCGUCGACAUGCUCAUUGUGAGCAGCCAAAGGCCCGCCGUGGCAGCCAGGCUCAUCCACCACUCCGACCAAGGCCACCAACAACACCCAGAAUACGUCUUCGUUCACUUCUCCCCCCAGCCAUCCCUCCAGAUCACCAGCAUACGUUCGCUGGCCGACGAGGCAUCGUCCUCCCCCAUCGCCCUCUCCCCCUCAGCACCGACACCGGAGGAUACCACCGCCGUGAAGGACCUCCCGUCCUUUUACACCGACUACAUCGCCUCCAUCAACACCCACACCAUGGAGAAGGACUUCCCCCGCUUCUGCCAGCCCAAUCUCACGCACAACACCCGGAGCCUCGACAUCCCCAGCUACAUCCACCUCAUCGAGUCCUCGUUCGAGGACAUCCGCGGCCUGCACUUCAACGUCGUCGACCUCGUCGCCGACGAGGCCAAGCAGCAGGUCGCCUCGCGGAUCGAGUUCACCGGCCGGCCUGUGCGCCCGUUCCGCGGCGUCGAGCCGGGGGCCAACGGGGAGGAGGUCAAGUUCCACGAGCACGCGUUCUACUUCCUCGAGGGGGGCAGGAUCGUGAGGGUGUGGUCCGUGUUGGACAUGGAUGCCUACAAGAAAUGUCUAGGUCGGUCGUAG